AUGGAGCUAUGCGGUCGUCAAAAGGUUGUCCAGCGCAAGAUGGUGCUGUUAGGUGACGGUGCCUGUGGCAAAACCUCCGCGCUGAACGUCUUUACAAGAGGAUUCUUCCCGACUGUCUACGAACCAACUGUCUUUGAAAACUACGUUCACGACAUCUUUGUCGACAAUGUACAUAUGGAGCUAUCGCUAUGGGAUACAGCUGGCCAGGAGGAAUUCGACCGGUUACGCGCACUGUCCUAUGAGGAUACCCACGUGCUCAUGCUUUGCUUCAGUGUCGACAGCAGCGACUCAUUCGAGAACGUUGGAUCGAAGUGGAUCGCUGAAAUCAACGAAAACUGCCCUGGCGUCAAGGUUGUGCUCACGGCACUGAAGUGCGAUCUGAGGAAAGAUGAUGAGAUGAAUGACAACCCUAGUGCCAUCACCUUCGAUCAAGGAUUGGCGAAAGCGAAGGAAAUUGGCGCGGUCAAAUACUUGGAAUGUUCCGCGGUUCAAAAUCGUGGGAUUCGGGAGAGCUUCUAUGAAGCUGCCAAGGUUGCCCUGGACGUCAAGCCCGUUGGAGGUGGUGGCUCUGGCCCAAAGUGUGUCAUCCUCUAG